UAAACGGCUCUCACCAAUUCAUGGAUGACACGGAAGAUGAAAAAUAUAUAUGAAGGGGAGUGACCCCCCCCCCCCUUAAGCCCAUGACGCCCCCACAAAAUGGGCGGAACUCCAUUAGUGGAAGCUUCCGGAAGCCCGUCCGCCUCCUUCUGGUCCAGCCUGUUGGUUUCUUGCGUGCAUGCUACAGGUGCGCCGCACAUUUUCGCCGGUAAAUUCAUGAAAGUCCAUCGGCGGAAGGUUUUCGGAGUGUGGCCCCGUGGUCUAGAUGCCGACCCCCCCUCCAGAUCUGGCAGCCGCGUGCUUCUUGCGUGCGUGCUACAGGUGUGCCGCGCAUUUUCAUCUUGCACAGUUGUAGAGUCGGUAAGUGUGGAACCCCAUUGGUGGAAGACAUCCACAAGAUUGCCACGCCUCCGCCUGCCCCCUCUAGAAUUUGGCCGAUCUAUUGCGGAACCUCACCGAUGGAAUACAUUGAAACCACCCACGGAUGCCGAAGAACUUCACCGGUGGAAGUUCUUCGAUCCCCUUGGAACUUGGUCGAGUAUUUAACGCGAAAAUAAACGGUGGGAAUACGACGGGGAAGCGAUAGAAAUGAAGAAGAGAUCCGCGGGCCGCGCCGCGCGGAGGAGGGGGGGCGGGGGGGGGUCGGCCUCUAACAUAUAUACAAGCAGCCCAACGACAGCAAAUUACUAAAAUUAAUGCAGUUCCGUCCUGAACGGUGCCAAAUUACUCCCGUCACCUCAUUAUGUUGGUGGUCGGUGACAGGAGCCACGCGUGUGGCAUGACACUCCUGCCCUUUUGGUUAGUCGUCCUGGUAGAUGUAAGUACUCUAUCACGUGUCCACUGCUUGCCCAUGGGGUUGAGUCACAUAAAAAUGAGAGCAAAGCGCAAAGCGCAUCCAUCUUGAUUGAUAAGUUGAAAAUAGUGAGAGAAUAAAGCUAUAGCUAAGAAAGAGAGAGAGAAGAGACUCAGAGACGCAGCGGCCUCCUCAAGCGAGGAAACCCUCAACGGAGGGCAGGGCGGAACUAGGUCCACCGUCGUUAUCCUGAACGAAAUCGCGGAACAGGAAGAGGGAAUGGAGCUGAACGACAGCCCAUUUGCGGAAAAUCUUAGGCAGGAUGACAAGGCAAGCAUGACAGACGAACAGCACAUCACGCACGGGAAAAGAGUAGCGCUGUGCUACGAAUACCGAGCACCUCAAGU